CACACACACACACACAGAGAAAGCCAUGUUUGCGUUUGCCUGGGAGGUUGCAUUCCAUGUACACAAGGUGCGUUUUAUCUAGCAGAGAUUGCAGCCUCACACGCGUUCUGCUUCUGCUGCAUUGCACGCGGAGACAGAUUUAUUUGGCAGACUGCAUUAAACGGAGAUGGUGCUUUUGCUCAGACACAGAAACGUUACACUCACAGACUGCAUUUGCACUUAAAACAGCGAUUGUGCUUACGUUAUUGUGCAGCGAGCUUUAUUGCACGCUGUGCAGUGCUGCAUGUAUGUAUCGCAUUGCACGUGCACGUGCACUAUCCGCUGCAUUCAAUGCAUCGCGCGCACCCAGGCCUGGUGCAAGAGUUGCACGGCUGGCCCUGCACAGCCGGCUGGCGUUGGCUCCAGAGACUGCCCGGCACUCACACCCGCUCCGGUGGCAUGUGCUGCACUGCGCGCGCAAACAAGCCUCGAGCUCUACCUUGGACGCGCAUAAUAAAGCACAACUGCCCGGCGUCUGGCUGCAUGGGCCUAAGCGGCCGCGGGCGGCUGAUCUGAAGGGGGAGUCCUUUUUGCAUCGCCCCCCCGCCCCCGCCCUUAGGGCUCUGCUGCGGCUGGCAGCUUCCUUCUCCUCCCCUCCCCCAGGCCUCGGCAUUUCCGUCCUUCCUUCCCCUCCCCCCCACUAGUCGCUGGGGGUGGCGGCGCGUUGCACAGGCCGGAUGCGGCUGAGUGAGUGGGCGGGGGCGGCCCGGGCGCUGAGAUCACCGGAGGUAUAAAAGCAGCGGAGCUGGGCGCGGCUGGGUUUAGUCCGGGCGGCUGGUCCGAGGCGGCGGCGGAACAAAAGCGCAGCAGCAGCAGCAGCAGGCGGCGUGGGGGUGGGAAGACCCAGGCGCAGCCCCCCGCCCCCAAGUCUCGGGUCGGUGCAAAGGGCCCCGGCCGCGUGAAACAGGCCGAUCCGUGCAGGAGUGAGCCGGGCCGCCGCCCCCGCCCCCGCCCGGCAUGGAGGUGCAGAAGGAAGCCCAGCGCAUCAUGACCCUGUCGGUGUGGAAGAUGUACAACUCCCGCCUGCAGCGCGGCGGGCUGCGGCUGCACCGGAGCCUGCAGCUGUCGCUGGUCAUGCGGAGCGCCCGGGAGGUUUAUCUCUCGGCCAAGCUGGAGGAGGACGAGGAGGGGCGACUGGGGCCGCAGCCCGGCCCGGCGGAGGAAGGCGCCGGCCAGACCCCGCUGCAGCCAGCCGCCUGCCCCGGCCCCCUGGCGCCGGAGGAGCGGGCAGCCCCCGCGGACCGUGGAAACGCUCCGGGCGCAGGCGAUCCGGAGCCCAUGGAGACGCAGGACAGCAGCGGGGACUUGCCCCCGGCGACUCCAGCGCCCGGGGCCGGUAGGCAGCCGGCGCGGGGCGGUUCGUUGCCACCCCCGGGCAAAGCCAGCAGGAAACGGCGGAGCAGCAGCUUGGACAAGCCGGGGGCCGCCGAGGCCGGACUGGUGCCCACCAAGAAGGCCCGGCUGGAGGCGGAGGAAGAGGAGGGCGAGCGGCAGCCCCAGGGACAGGACGGCCCCUUCCCCAGCCUGGCCAAAGUCCUGCAGACCCGCUUCUCUGGGAUGCUGCGGGGCGGCCCCGCAAAGGGCCCCGAGCCCACGCCGGGCUGCCGGCCCGGGGACGGGGUGCUCAGCAUACUGGUCCGAGCCGUGGUGGCCUUUUAAAUCCCCGUCCCCGCCGCUUUGGGGGGACUCGUGGCGGGGGGACCUGCCCCGCGGCGCGCAGCGGCUCGCUCGGCCCCUGGCGGGAGCCAUAGGGCAGGACGGGGGUCGCAGCCCCCCUCUCCCUGGCGGAGGGGGGGCGGGAGAGACAGGCGAAGGCCGGGACUGGAUGGAAAGGGCAGCGGAAGGAAGAUCGGACUUUCCCCUCCCCGCCCUGCUGGGUCCAGGGGGAGGCGAGGCCAAAGGAUCGAGGGGACCGACAGACGCCGCCGCUUUGUGUGUGUGGGAGCGGGGCGGGGCCGGGGGGGAACGGACUUUGGCACAACUUCAGGAUGGGGGAAGAGACUCGCAAGCCGGGCCGAGCUUUCCCUCGCCGAGAAAUGGUUUAUUUUUGUGCAGAAAAAUGCUGGGGCCUGACCCGGGAUCCACUGGUGCUAUUCCACAACCCCAGCCCUCGGGGGGGUGGAGCGGGGGUUGUGUGGGGCUUUUUGUAACUUGAAACUGUGUUGUUGUGUGUCCUUGUGAUGGCAGAAUGUUUGCUGGGGGGCGGCAGAGAGGGGGCUGCAGACCUGGCGGCCAGAUGCGGGCUGAAGGGGUUUCAAAGGGAGCGAACGGUGCUGGGAAAUAGCCCAGGAAGGGAAGCCGGUUUCUCUAGCCCUCCUCCGGCGCCUGGUUCUCCAGCACCCGCAGAAAGUGGGGUGAGGAGGAGGAUGGGUGCCCGACUUCCUAAAUUGCUUUCCUCAGGGGGACUUCUUCAGAAAGUGGGUUUUGUGUGUGGUGUUUUCAGGAGGCCUUUUUACUUUCACCAACGAAAAGCUGAACCCCGGAUUCAUUAAGGAAACUUCCCCCCUUCCAGCCAGGCCUGCCAGUUAUGACACACCGCUCAUAGGACCAGUCAUUGCAUCACACCCCGUCUAGAAGGGCAGCAGGGAAUUUCCUGCUCAGACCGCCUGUGUGUGUGUGUGUGUGUGUGUGUGUGUGGGGG